AAAUAGCAUUGUAAAAUACGAACUCAUACUGUGUAGACUAGACUGUAGGCUGAAAACUGCAUCGAUAGCUUCUGUAUCGUUAUUAUUCGCGUAGCUUGAGGCAAAUUAAUAAGUAAUAGACUCCGAUUAAGUGAUAGAGAUCAUACAUCAACUUCAAUCCGUUUUUAUCUGAACAGUUAUCAAUUGGAAAUGUCAAACCAGCCCUGAUUAAGCGGAAAUCAGAACAUGCCAGAAUAAGAUUUUUGGAAGAAAAAUGAUACAACAGUUAUUAUCGUCACUCCUGGUCUUUGUUCUUUGUGUGCCACAUUGUCAUGGGGGCUGUGCAGAGGUGGACUCCAUGACAGAGGCGGUGGCCGGGGAGAGCUUCCUCAUGGGCUGCAUCUCCUGUAAGAGGAGAGAGGAGGUCCAGGCCCAAACCACGGUUGACUGGCACUUCAGAGCCACAGGAGAGGAGGAGUAUAUCCACAUCUUUCACUAUGACCACCCACACCCCAACACCCUCCACGAGGAAUUUAAUGACCGGCUAGAGUGGCAAGGAACAAUGGGGAGUAAGGAUGUACAGAUAGGAGCCAUCUUCAUUCACAACGUCACAUUUAAUGACACAGGCACCUACCGCUGCACCUUCCAGCGCACCCUCUUCCUCCCAUUGGAUAAUGAAUAUGUCACAGUGGAAAAGGAGGUGGAGCUUACUGUGGUGGCCGAAGCCAAUCGGGAGCUGUUGUCGGUGGUGUCAGAGAUCAUGAUGUACGUGCUAAUUGUGGUGCUGCAGCUGUGGAUGAUCGUGGUGCUGAUCCAUUGCUACAACAAGAUCUGGGCUGAACAUGAGGCACGGGAUGCUCGCAAAGCCCUGAGGGCCCAAAAACUGGCCCUAAUAAAAGAACCUUUAGACUCAAAGGACAAUUGUGACGGAGUGCUUCUGGAGUGACUUGUUUCAGUAAACAUCAAAGGUGGAGAACCUUGUCACAAGCAACUGUUACCACUACACUACAAGGCUAUUAUAUCAUAGAAAUAGAAUUUGAAUGUCUUAGCAUAGUGUGUAACACAUGCAGUUUACAAUGUACUUGAUUUACAGUACGAGGUAGUUGCAGCUGGUGUGAGUGGUGAUUAGAUUAACAGGUGGUGCCGAAUAGCCUUAGUGUGUCAGCUCAAAAGAGAAUGUCAUCACGUGAUGGAUCAACAGUUCUGACAAAGCUCUGAUUACAGAUGGUUCCACCUGAGCUACAUAGAAAGCUUUGGCAGGAACAACAUAGGUCUCAUCUGCAACCAUGUUAUUACAGAUUUUUUAAAUCGCUAUUUUCACAAGUAUGUGGUACAUUUUCACAACUCUUAGAACAAAAUACCAAACUGGUCACACUUGUAAUGCAGCAAGUCUUUCAUUCAAAACCUGUCAUUGUCCAUUAAUUUGGAUUAUAAACAUCUCUCACCACACAACCAUUGAUUCAAGUUUAUUGUGAAAUGUAAUGAGAAUUGGUUUCACAAUAUCUUUUCAAUUUAGUUGUUUUAAUUACCAGUUAAACCAAUAGCAAACAAUGCAAGAUAAGGUGUUUCAAAUCACCCUUAGAAGUUUUGAAAGUAAUAUGUUACAGUACUGUUAAUUACAGUAGAUUCACAGUUUUCACAUUAGGCAAUACACUUACAGUACCCAACAAAAUUGACAGAAAAUGUAUCCAAUGUGUGAUCAAAGGUGUGAUCAAUGAAAACAUCCUCUACAAUCAUUCAUGCACAUUAAAAAAUAUAUAUAAUUGCAACAUAGGUGUACUGUCUGUAAUCAAAUGUAAAAUAAAAUAAAACAACGUUUAGCAUGCAUUAAUUUGCAUCAA